AUGGCUACUACUCGUGGGCAUAAUUCAAAUCGAAUGGAACGUUUGACAACAUGUCCUAUUUGUUUGGAUAAAUUUCGUAUUCCAAAAGUUUUACCAUGUACGCAUAAAUUUUGUUUAGCACCAUGUUUAACAAAUUUGGUCGAUCCACGAGCACGUUCAUUACGUUGUCCUGAAUGUCGUCGAGAACAUAUGAUUCCACGAGGUGGAAUUCAAGCAUUUCCAGCUGAUUUAACAAUGAUUGGAUUUUUUGAUACUCAACCAUCACCAAUUAUCAAUCCUCCUGAUCGGUGCUCUCAUUGUAAACAACAAAGACAAACACUAAUUAAAUGUCAUGAUUGUUCAAAGUUUUUCUGUGGUGAUUGUCGUGAACCACAUUUACGUGAAACAUUUUUUAAUAUAAGUUCAUCAAUUAGUCAACUUCGUCGUACAUUACCAAAAUUAAGCGAUAAAAUUUCAUCUUAUGAACAACGAGUUAAUAGUGUUAAAACUAAUUAUGAACAAAUUCGACGAGAAAUAACAUCAACUAUAGUUGCUUUAAUUGAUGAAUUAAAACAUCGUGAAACAGCAUUACUUACUGAAGCUGAAGCGUACAUGCAAUCACAAUUGAGAACGUUUCGUAUACAACAAGAAACUGCUGAAGUUGAAUUAGCAAAUGUAGCAAAUUUUUGUGAAUCAGUAGGAACAUCCUUUCCCAAUGGGCAAUUAAUCACUGAUGUAGAUUUAGCACAUAUGCGAUCACAAUCUAAUCUUUAUGCACAACAAAUUGAUGCUUUACAAGCACAAAUAUCAUCUGAUGUGCAGAAGUUACGAUUUACAUUUAAUGACCAAGCAGCUAUUUCUUCUGCUAUACAAAAUUUGGGUCGAUUGAUUGAUGGAUCUCAAGGACAACAACAACAACAGCAGCAGCAGCAGCAGCAAUCACAAACUUCAAUAAGUCAAGUUGCUCAAUUUCAACAACAGCCACAAUUUUCACCAGUACCAUAUCCACAAACUGCAACACAAUAUGCAACCCCGUCACGAAAUCCAUUAAAUAUUCAAGAACAAUCUCAAAAUAAUCAACGUCGACAUUCAGAAAAUCUUUAUUAUUCUAAUGGUUCUGUAGCAUCACAAGCUCCUUUACUAUCUCAAACUAUUGCUUAUCGUCCUACACAAAUCGAUACUCCACGAAAUACUAAUAAUCCAUUUGCUGAUCUCAGUUUAACAGUGCCUGCUCGUACUACUACAUCAUCCUAUACAGCUUCAUGGGAUCAACAAGCAGCUCGUCGUUCUACAUCUAAUGUUCAAUCAACGUCUAUCUUUGGUCCAAAUCCAUUUGCAGCGAGUAAUUCUCGACAAGCACAACAAUCCACUGCUCCUCCGGCAGCACCACCAGAACCAUCUCCACGACGUCAGUAUGUAACGAGUACAACUGCAGCACGAUCACUCGAAGGAGAUGAUCGACCAAUCUUUGGCGGUAGGGGCAGCGGCGGCGGCGGUGGCGGUCGAGGAGGUGGUGCUAUGCGAGGAAGAGGUAGAGCUUCUAGUAUUGCACCAAUUCCGGAACAACAAUCUUUAACGAACGAUUUACAACGACAGGGUACAUUUAUGCUUGACCAGCCUACUUUACCUAAUUUACCACAAUCCGGUGCUCAAAAACCGCGUGAUACAGUAAUUGUUCGAGAGCUUUAUAAGGUUCGACGACGAAAUCGUGCUCGAACACCGGUUGCUUUUACUAUUAAUCUUAAUGAAGGAAUCCAAUCGCCAUCUUCCCAAGCCGCAGACAAUGCUACUGGAUAA